AUGGAAGAGAACGCGCCGUUGAGCUUGCCCCCUGCACAACAAAAUGAUCAGGAGAACCUCACAGUGGGUGGGUCUUUCGUACAGCCCGCUGGUCCAGCUCGAAAGAACUUUACGACAGCCGAUGAUCUGAUUUUACUGCGCGCUGUCAACACGAUCAAGCCGUGGGAAUCCGCGGAAGACAUCUGCAAUGAAACGGCUGGUUUCGUGCGAGACAAGCAAGGCCCAGCGCUGCGUACGCGCUUUGAUAAGCUUAUUCGUCAGCAUCGCGACGCACAAGUAGUUUCAAGGAGGUCGUCUGGAACGACGGAAGAGUACAACGAGAGAGACGUGCUCUUGCAAGACAUUGUCACCCGUAUGGACGACUGGAAGGAGCGUCAAGAUAGCGAAAAGCAGCUCCAGCGUGCCAAAGAUAAUGGCAUUGAGACGUCGGGUGUCUUAAUGCGUCGAUUGGCAAUGGGAGAGCUGGUGGAAGAGCUGCAAUCCGACACAAAUUCCAACAGUGAUGAAGGCAACGAGGGACAAGACGAAGGUGCAAAUGCAGGCACUUCCUUAUGUGGUAGUCUGAAGCGUGGGAACACGGCUAGCAGCGGUCGCGCUACCAAAGUGGGAAAGAUAGAGCGAGUAGCAGCCGUGACUGAUGCUAUCGCGAUGACAAUCACCGAGAUGAAUAAGGGGAACCCUGAGAAGUAUGUGUAUCUUAAUAGUCGCUUACAAUUUGAGAAGGACGAGGCCAAAAGAAUAAGAGAGCACGAGUUAAAACUGGAACAGCAGCGUCAAGAAGCUGAGCGCGCACGUGAUGAGCGUAUGCAAGCUGCUGAACGUGACCGCGAGAAGUUUAUGUUGCAGCUACUGGAAAUAGCUCUCGGACGUGCAAAAGACAAACAGUAA